CGCGAGAUCUCAGGUUUGUCUGUAAGGACGUGGGUUUGUUUCCAAAGUCAAGUUCACGAAUUAAUAGAGAUUGCUUUAAAAUAAAAUGGCUGCGCUCUGUAGAACAGCAGCGCUGCUCUUGCAGCAUACAAAAACCUCGCCCUGGACCCUCAUUGCAGCAAGAACAUAUAGUUCAGGUGGGCAGUACCAGCAUAUCAUUGUGGACAAGAAAGGGGAGAAACAGAAUGUGGGCUUUAUCCAGUUAAACCGUCCGAAGGCUCUGAACGCCCUCUGUGAUGGGCUGAUGACGGAGAUGGGCCAGGCUCUAGAAGCUUUUGAGGAGGAUAACCAAAUUGGUGCUAUAGUCAUUACUGGCAGCGAGAAAGCAUUUGCAGCUGGGGCUGACAUUAAGGAGAUGCAGAACCGAAAUUUCCAGGAGUGCUAUGCUGAUAAUUUCCUGGCUCAUUGGAACAAAGUGUCUCUCGUUCGAAAACCUGUCAUAGCAGCUGUGAAUGGAUUUGCGCUGGGUGGAGGCUGUGAGUUGGCUAUGAUGUGUGACAUUAUUUAUGCUGGGGAGAAGGCACAGUUUGCACAGCCAGAAAUUCUUCUGGGAACCAUUCCAGGUGCCGGAGGAACUCAAAGGCUAACAAGAGCUGUAGGCAAGUCUUUGGCUAUGGAACUGGUCCUCACUGGCGACCGGAUAUCAGCUCAAGAAGCUAAGCUGGCAGGUCUUGUAAGUAAAGUGUAUCCUGCAGACCAGGUGGUACAAGAAGCGAUCAAAUGUGGAGAAAAAAUUGCUGGCAACUCUAAACUUGUUUGUAUUAUGGCAAAGGAAGCUGUCAAUGCUGCAUUUGAGUUGACAUUAGCUGAAGGAAACAGAAUGGAAAAGAGAUUAUUUCACGCAACCUUUGCUACUGACGACCGGAAGGAAGGAAUGACUGCAUUUGUGGAAAAGAGAAAAGCUGCCUUUACUGACAAGUAAAGUGCAGCAACACUGUGAAAAGCAGGUUACAAAAUGAGUAAGCAGCCAUUGAAGUGGACUUUAGAGGCCUUGAAUUAAACUAGGUUUGUUUUUGCUUCCUAUCAGAAGAAAUAAAAUCAAUAUUACAUAUUUUACAGACUUCUUUUUCCUUUUCAAUUAACAGUAUACAUAUUAGAGCUGAUGUGUUAUGUUAUUUAUGUAAAUCAUUCUAAUAAAACUGUCAGACUUAACAAGUUUUAAUGGUUUUCAUUCUUUGAGUCUCCCACUCUGAUCAAGCUGAUUGACAGUGGUGUUCACUGCUGCUGGACAGCUCUCCAUAGCCUGGGAAACAGCUUUCAUCUAGGAUCCCUGUGGUAAAAUUGCCUGAUUUCUGCCCUAGAGCAUUUGUUUAGGGCUAACGCAUAUAGGCAAAUUAGGGACUAAACGCUUAACUUUCAAAUGUGGUCAUAGAGUUACUUAGCCCCAUGUCCUUGUGUUCCCUAAUUACAGGGCCAUUACUCGCACAAUUUGAAUGUUGAUGAAUGCAGAAAUGUAUACUGGCUUCAGAUGAUGAAGUUAUUAAUAAAGAUUGUGGCAACCUCUCAUUGGAAA